AUGGGCCUUCCAAUAGCUUUGAAUCUUCAUAAUUAUCUCAAAGAAAAGAACAAUACACCGCUCAUUGUUUAUAAUCGAACAUUAGCCAAAGCUGCGCCUCUUGUUGAUGCUGGUGCUACUCUAGUGCAUUCUGUGGCCGAAAUUUCGGAAAGAGCAAAUAUUAUCUUUACAUCCGUUGCAAAUGAUCAAGCACUCGUAGAUGUUUUAGAUUCGAUAUUUAAUUGCUUAGGCAAGAAAUCUGGCCAAGAAUUUAUAAUUGUAGACCUUAGCACCGUUUAUCCUACUACAAUUGGAGAAUUGCAUGAGAAAGCACAAAAGAUCCCGAAUUUGCAUUUGCUUCAUUGUCCUGUAUGGGGACCACCUGCACUUGCAAAGAAUGCACAAUUAGUCAUUAUAACCUCGGGUGAUCGACACGCUAUAGAACGUGUAUCAUCUUUUCUUGUUCCAGUGAUUGGUCGAAAAAUAAUUGACGUCGGCAGCGAUGUUAAAAAAGCUGCUUCAUUUAAACUUAAUGGUAACUUUUUUAUCGCUGGAAUUGUUGAGCUAUUAUCCGAAGGCUUGAUCCUUUCCGAAAAAACAGGCCUAGGACAAGAUAAAAUGUUAGAAUUCAUUGAUACAUUUUUCCCGUUCAGCCUUUUUCAGUAUUACGGACGAAAGAUUCGCGAAACAGCUUUCACAUCCAAUGUUGGAUUUACUAUUGAAAACGGGAUGAAAGAUCUCAAGCACAUGCGUCGCCUGGCUGAAGAAUCUGGCGCACAAGUUCCAAUUAUUGAUUUGGCAUUCGAACAUUUAGUUUCUGCUAGAGCUAAUAAAUCAUCAGACCUUGAUUGGUCUUCUAUUGCCGGAUCUUUGAGAAUUGGGCGAGGAUCUGUAAUUACACCUGUGGGGCUUAAUACUUCCGAAAGCAGCUCAGUCUAUGCUUCUUCAGAAUUUUAUGAGGCGACGCAAUCGUCUGCUCAGCCGUCAACUAUAGUUUCUGAGAACUUCUCAGAGCAAAUUGAACAAGUUUUACAACCUCCAACUAUAUUUGAGGAAUCGUCAGAAGAAACUGGGCAAAUUUUCUCAUCUGAUUCAGUAAUUACAUGUUUUCCUGUCACAACCAAAGCGCCAGGUAUACCUUCGCAAGCUUCAACAUCCUCUAAACCUUCGGAAUCUUUGGGAACCUCAGAAUUGGUUGAUUUGGAAGAAUCUACAGAGUUUAUGGAAUUUGAUGAACAGAGGAUCCCUUUAGAAAUAUUGAAUAUAGAUGCAAAUCAACAAGAAUCAGAAAGUGAGCUUAUGGAAUUUUAUGAACAGAGGAUCCCUUUAGAAAUAUUGGAUAUGGAUGCAAAUCAGCAAGAAUCAGAAAGUGAGCUUAUGGAAUUUGAUGAACAGAGGAUCCCUUUAGAAUUAUUGAAUAUAGAUGCAAAUCAGCAAGAAUCAGAAAGUGAGCAAGAAUCAGAAAGUGAGGAAGAAUCAGAAAGUGAGGAAGAAUCAGAAAGUGAGCAAGAAUCAGAAAGUGAGGAAGAAUCAGAAAGUGAACAAGAAUCAGAAAGUGAGCCAGAUAGUUCAGAUGAACCAACCAAAAAUGAGAAUCAUGAAAUGCUCUUUUUUCCUCCUGGUUGCUCGAAUUGCAAAGUUAAAAAUUCAUCGUGUUUCUCUAAUACACUUUGCAACGGAUGCUAUAAAUUUUGGAAGAUUCAUAAAAAGCACAGACCAUUAAUACCACUACAAAAGGAUGAAAAUGCGCACUACGCUGCUGGAUGUUCCAAUUGUGGUAUAACACUAUCCGUGUUUUUUGUACAAGGAAUGUGCAAAAAUUGCUAUAAUUACUUUAGAAAGCAUAAAAAGCCACGUCCACCGGAAUGUAUUUGGAAAUUCGAAAUAAGAAAAUCAAAAAAUAAGAAUCCGUUCGCGUAUUCAAAAUAUAGGUGUCCGUGCGCGAAUUGCGGAGUAACUUAUGAAGAAACUCGUGGCCUAAAAUGGAAGUUUGAUGACGAUUCUCGUCUGCUUUGUGGCGCAUGCCACAGAUAUUGGCUCAAGCAUAAAACAUAUCGUUCAAGCAAACUAAUUGGAGUUUCUAGAAGGAGAAGGAUAAUGAACGAACAAGCGAGACUUUAUAAAGUUAUAGCUCAUAUUCCUUGUAUUAAUUGUGAAGCUCAAGUAUCUUAUUAUUUCAAGGAUGGACGUUGCGCUCUUUGUUAUAAUUGGUAUUUAAGAUUCGAAGAAGAAAGGCCUGAAAAUAAAACCAUAGAAAAAGAAAAGCUCGAAGAUUUCUUAAAGAAUUUUGAAUGGACAAAUUUAAUUGAUCGCCUUAUUCAUGAUGGCGGCGUGAAAUACGGGGUUGGCUAUGAUUCAGCAAGGUUUAAAGUACUUGCUAAAGAUCUCGUCUAUAAUCCAAACUUGCUACCAACUAAAAUCAUAAAGUCAAGAUGGAAACGUUUUUCUAUAUAUGCGCGAAAAUUUAUGUUACUUCAGAAAGAUCAUAGUCCUUUCCGAGAUGAAAAUGGUCGAUUGUAUAUAACAUUCAGCAACUGUAGAAUUCCAACAGAUGCUGCUGCCCGAUUUACCAUUAAAAAAGCUAUUUUCAAUAUGCACACAAAUUCACAAGGAGAAAAUAAAAUCUAUAAAUUAUAUUUGGGGCUAUAUAAUUGCAAGAAAGAAUACGAAAACUCCACUCCUAUAGUUGAUUUGAAUUUCUAUGAUUCUGAAAAGGAUGACUUUGAAAAUAUUAUUAAUGAAGACCAAGAAUCUGGGUUUCAGAGUAAUCUGCGUUGGGAAGCAUUUGAUGAUAAGGGCAACUUGAUCUCCAGAUCUAAAGACCGGAAGGGCAAACAACCAGCUGUCGAAAACGAUAAUGUGAUAGUGAUCGAUGAAAAAGAUAAUGUGGAGAUUAUCAAAGACGAAGAGAAUCAGAUACCAGUUGAUUUUAGCAAAAAAAUAGAUAAUGUUCCGCGGCCCCAAGUUAAUCUAACCGAGAAACCUAUACAUGAUCCAAACUCCGUUAUCUAUAGUAAAGACGAAAAUAAAAUUGUUUACGUCUUCGCUGUGCAAUUUUUCAAUUCAUCUCUUGAUAAUCUAGAUGCACAUGGACAGAUUCAAUGGCUCAAGGCGGAACGAUUAAUGGAGCGAGAUACUGAAUAUGCUCCAAAAUGUCCCCCGUCUAUAUUGACUUUAUCAAACACCAAAUAUUAUUAUCGUGAUUUCAUAAAGUUCUAA